CUCGUGAUCAUCGCCUUCUUGCUUUCCGAUCAUCAACACACGUUUGGUGAAUGAGUCAGAGACGGUAAAGCAGGAAAACCCAGCUGCAGAUGUACACAUACUGACCAGGCGACAAUGACAGUUUGGCUAUGAGCCAUCAGGAUCCAUGGCGGCUUGGCAGCGGAUAACCGCCCGCUCUUCGCUGCCGCCAGUCGGCUUGUUGUUGUUGCUGUUGUCGGUAAGGAGCGCCGGGAGAUCUCUGGAGAAAUGCGGCGGCGACAAUUCUUGUCAGCCUCAAAGACCUCCCGUGGUCCUCAUUCCGGGGGAUCUGGGAAACCAGUUGGAAGCGAAGCUGGAUAAACCCAGUGUGGUGCAUUACAUCUGUUAUAAGAAGACCGACUCCUUCUUCACUCUGUGGCUCAACCUGGAGCUGCUGGUGCCUGUAGCCAUAGACUGUUGGAUAGACAACAUAAGGCUGAUCUACAACAGGACCACACACACCACCUCGUCCCCCCCGGGUGUGGACAUCCGUGUCCCUGGGUUCGGACAGACGUAUUCAGUGGAGUAUCUGGACCCCAGCAAACGCAGUGUGGGCAUGUAUUUCUUUAGUAUAGUGCAGGCGAUGGUGGAGUGGGGUUACACCAGAGAUGAUGAUGUCAGAGGAGCCCCCUAUGAUUGGAGAAAAGCCCCCAAUGAGAAUAAAGAGUAUUUCCUGGCGCUGCAGAAGAUGAUCGAGGAGAUGGCGGAGAAGGCUGGCGGGCCCGUGGUGCUGAUCGCUCACAGCAUGGGAAACAUGUACACGUUGUACUUCCUCAACCAGCAGCCACAGGCCUGGAAAGACAAAUACAUCAAAGCUUUCAUUUCUCUGGGACCACCGUGGGCUGGGGUGGCCAAGACCCUCCGCGUGGUCACCUCUGGUGAUAAUAACCGCAUCCCGGUGAUCAGCUCAUUGAAGAUUCGUUCCCAGCAGCGCACUGCUGUCUCCACCUCCUGGCUCCUCCCCUAUGCCCACUCCUGGCCCAAAGAUAAGGUCCUGGUCCAGACACCCACCACCAACUACACCGUGUUGGACUACAAGCGCUUCUACUCGGAUAUUGGUUUUGAGGACGGCUGGCUGAUGCGGCAGGACACGGAGCCACUGGUCGCUGACCUCACGCCCCCUGGUGUGGCCGUCCACUGCUUGUAUGGCAGUGGCAUUCCCACAUCGGAGGCCUUCCAGUACUCCGGUAAGUUCCCAGAUGUGGAGCCCACGGUUGUGAUCGGCGAUGGAGACGGGACAGUGAACCUGCUUAGUGCCACUCAGUGCAAGCGGUGGGUGGGGCAGCAGAAACAGCCGGUGACGUUAAAAGAGCUUCCCGGGAAUGAACACGUGAACAUGCUGUUGAACUUCACGACGGUGGCUUACAUCAAGACCGUGCUGUUCUCCCCGUGAUGCCGGCAGAAACUGAGGGACACGGCUUAACACACCCACACACACACACACACACUCUGUAAUAUUUAAACUCCACAUAUACAUGCGCACAGAGCCAUAUGUGGACAGACUCAUCUCGCCUGUCUCUCUGAACAUUGCCUGCCAGAAUAAUCCUGUGUACAUGCCACACUGCUCAAGAAAAAGUAUUGAACUUUUGUAGUAAUAUCACAGAUCAAAAAUUUUAAAUUAAUUUUAUACAGUAGCUGUAAUUAUACAAUUUAUGUUAAUUAAUGUCAGCUUGUUUACUGUUUAGCAAACCUAAAAAACUUUUAUAUUGGUCUCAGAUUUUAAAGAACCCUAGAUUUUACCUACGAAAUUCACGUUAUGAUGAUAAAGGACGUGUAUUAAAAAUCAAAAACCAGGGAUAAACUGUAUGUGCCACUUUCUGAGUUAUUAAUCAAAGUCAGAUCUUUUUAUUAAUGUCGUGAAAGAGAUUGCUGAACUCUUGACUCUAAUGUUGUUAAUGCUAAAUGUUAUAGCACAUAUAUUGUUUGUAUCUUUCUCAGUGCAACAGGUUACAUGUUUCAGUGCUUGGUGUAUAUUUAUAACACCUAAUUAGAAACAACUUGCUUAAUUUUUUUGUCACAUAAUUUGAUUUCUAGUGAUCCUUUUGUUGAUUCUUUUUCCGUUUUAUUCUUUGCAUGCAGCCGAGCUGUAAAUCCCUGAUGGUCCUGGGACUUUGUUGUUUAUAUUAUGUUGUCGAUGAGUCGUGUGCUGAAGAACCUGAACCAUACCUGGAAUAUGGACAUUGAAUUUAGUCGUGUCAAAGCUGCUCAACAAACCAAAUGACAAACAAAAUUUUUAAUAUUUAACAACAUUUUUAAGCAUAAAAAAAAAUCAUAUUCUGCUCUUAGUUGUUUGUUUCCCAACUGGCUGUAUCAAAAAGUAGCCAAAUGACCUUUUAAGUCUUGAAAUCAGUGUUUCAGCAUUAAUGCAUAAUCUCUGAUCUAAAGUUAAAUGACCUAUAUUCAGCGUAGAAAUGCUGCUUUUUGCUGGCCAGCAUGUAUUCCUACAUUACCUCCACCCAUCACUGCUCAUAUCUGCUCACUUUCUCUCGUCCUGUCCAGCAUAUGUUGAUGGUUCUGUAAAUAUUUUUCCUGGAGUUUGGUUUGAACCAGGUGCCUCGACAGGCUGGAUUUACACAGGCACAAAAUGAGGGGACUUUUAUUGCUUUAUGGUAUAAAUCUGAUCUUUUCUUGGCUGUUGUAUUAUUUGUUGUUUCCUCUUUCUGUUUAGACAGACAUGAAAAGUUCAGACUGCUGUCAUACCGAGUUUAAAACUCGACUCCCUGUCCUUGUGGAAAUGCAGCCAGAAUCUCUCUGACCUGAGUGAUUGUACUGUGCUAUCCAGCCCUCACUGGACCAAACCAAAAUGAUAUGCUCUAAAUAUCAUAUCUGCUGUGAACUAUCAUAAAUGUGUGUCAUAAACAUGUGUUGCCUAUAAAGUAAAACAUUUCAAAUAUUACUCUCA